AUGAAGGCCUUUGCCACUCUUCGAGCCUCCCUAUCUCCUAGUGGCCGGUUUACUUCACGGAUACAGGCAUCGACUCAGCGACGAGCCGCUUGUCGUCGCCGUUGCGAACUUCUAGGCGGGAACUCAUCUCCGCGCCAACACUCGCAGAAUCAAACCACCGACAACGAAAAGUUUACCAAGCGUUCUCGAUCAACACCACCCGUGUGGUCUCAGCGUGCUCGCAGCAUCAUUAGGAAGCUACAGAAGCUCGUGCAAGCCGAGCCAUUGCCUUGCGGCAGCCCCGGCAUGCUAUGCGACGACUUGUGUCAGAAUCGAAGGAUGGAUUACUGGUGCGAUGAUGACAACUGCUCCGUCGGUGCAUCGUGCACCAACAGAUGCAUCGAUAACGGUCAAAGCUAUUACGAGACCUACUAUACCAUGCACAAAGGACAAGGGCUACGCAGUACUUUGUUAAUACCGCCGAACACGUUUCUCGGCGAAUACGAAGGCAAGUAUAUCACACGAGAGCAAGCCUUGCGGCAAUGUAGGAGUGGACACAACAGGCACAUAAUUCUUAUUUCUGUUGCUGCGCUCGAGACACUUCUCUGUCGUUUUGUAUGGAAUGAGAUGCAAGCAAAAAAGGGAGAACGUGCCGUACUGCUGGCCAGACAUGUUGGGAAGACAUUUGAAGCAGUGUCGGCAGAAGCCAGUGAGGAAAGCGCCAACCUGAUCCUUUCACCAUCGUCGAGCAAGCUCUACGCCGAGAAUGAGCAGCUCCGGACAGAGAACUUGUCGCUCUCACAACAGGUUCAACAGCUGUCAGACGCUUUGGAGAAGGAAACUGAGCAGAAGCUUACUGUCGUAAGUCAGAACGAGGAACUACGUCAGGAUUUGCAAUCCGCCAAAGAAACUAUUAUUCAGCGCACGGACGAAGUGCUACGGUAUCAGACGGCGUUGUCGAAUUGGUUCCGUGAGCUAGACAAAGCGAUGCCAGCGCUUGAUGAUCUUCGGCACACAAUGAUAGAAGGUGCAACUAUGUAG